GACACACGCAUGUGCGCAUCGACUGGCCCCUUUCUAACGAAAACGUCAACAUUCCGCUAACGGAAACUGUGCUGCUUGGCGGCUGCCUGCUUGGCUUUUUGCUGUGUCGCUUCGUUCCUAAGCGAACUUAAGCAGUAACAGCAACAACAACCACAACAACAAUCACAGCAACAACAUUAACAGCAGCAGCAAAGAGAGAAAAUUACAAUGUGUGUGCGUGCGGUUUGGAUAGCAGAGUAAAAAUGAGUGACAAGUUGGCAAAAACCAAAAAUGAACAAAAGUGUGCGCAACUAUGCAAAUAAAUUAAUAAGCCAAACUCAUUACCAAAUUAAAAUAAGACACGCAAAUGCUGAAGGCGGGCAGCCAGAAAAAAAUUAAACAAAUAAAGGAAGAGUCACCACGAGGACCUUGUUAAGUGCGUUGAGUCGCGUCGAGUCGAGUCGAGUCGAGUGUGGAAAGUCAAGAGGUUCUGGGUUCGGAGUGUCAGAGCUGCUGGCAUGCUUUGGGGCUAACUCGUCCAACGUUCUCGUCCUCGCCCUCGUCGCCCCCGUCGUCCUCGCUAUCCUCGUCGUCAUCACCGCCAAAGGCAUCGAAGCGAUGCUUGCCUCAUUAGCGACUUAGCCCCCGACAUCCCCCAGCUGCAGUAAGGUAACGAAAGAGGAAGCCGAAACUAAAACCAAAAACCCAAACCAAAACCAAGCCACAAGCAAGGAAAAAAGAGAAGCCUGCUCUACAAGGAUAUGCGUAAAAUGGCUCAACAGCCAGCGAAUUCAGUUAAUGAGUUGGCCUUUAUGGGCGUAUAAAAAGCAAAAUUGAUAUUAUGCUGAGGCUGGGCCUAUAAAUAAAUACAACAAAUUAAAAUUAAUAAGCAACAGAGCUUGAAUUGCAUAGCAACAACAGCAGCAGCAGCAUAGGCAGAGGCAGAGGCAGCAGGAGCAGCUCCGGCAUUCGCAUUCGCAUUCGCAUUAGCAUUAACAUUUAGAUUAAUAACCAUGGCAUCUCCGCCGGAAAGUCCCAUCGAGGAGGUGGUCUAUGAGUUAGAACACACACGCGUGCCUAAGCCCAUUCCGGUCGCUCUCGAGGACUUGUGCCGUCAGACCAAGUUCACCAAGCAGGAGAUUCGCGUCAUGUACAGAGGAUUUAAAACGGAAUGUCCGGAGGGUGUGGUGCACGAGGAUUGUUUUAAGGAUAUUUAUGCCAAGUUCUUUCCGCAUGGCAAUUCCAGUUUAUAUGCUCAUUAUGUGUUCAAAGCCUUCGACGUUAACUGCAACGGCGCCAUUAGUUUUCGGGAUUUAUUGGUCACUUUGUCCACACUGUUACGCGGCUCCGUUUAUGAGCGUCUGCGCUGGACCUUCAAGUUAUACGACCUCAAUGGCGAUGGCCGCAUAAGUCGCGGAGAGCUGAGUGAAAUCGUUCUGGCCAUACACGAGCUUAUGGGCAGAAGAGCUCACCAGCCCGAGGACGAUCGCAAGGCCAGAGAUCAGGUGGAUCGAGUUUUUCGCAAAUUGGAUUUGAAUCAGGAUGGCAUCAUAACGAUAGAAGAGUUUCUGGAGGCAUGCCUGAAGGACGAUUUGGUGACACGCUCAUUGCAGAUGUUCGACACUGACCUUUGAUGACAAGAGGAACCAGAGAUCCGAAAUACAAGGACUAUAAUACCGCUUAUAGAUCUAUAAAUUGUUGUUUUGGAUUAAACGGUCGACAGGAGACAUAGAGCGACAGAGACAUACGAUGAAAAGAAACAACAUAUUAGUAUUUAAUAUUAUUUCUAGGCAAUAAUAUCGAACGACAAACUUGAACAUUUAUAAAUGUGAGCAAAUGACAAGAGAGUUGAAUAUAAAUAUUGAAUAUAUAUAUAUGUCAUUUUUUAAGCAUAUUACGAAUUAAAUCCUGCCGUCAGAAGCGAAUUGGUAUUAUACUCUUGAUGUACUUAUUGAAUGUAUUUCAAAGUGUUUCAAAGAAAAGCAACUUUGCUUCUUAAUAUUGAAUGAACAAACAACUAAACAAAACCACCAACCAAAGUGAAUAAAAAACAAAUAACAAAGAACUUGGAAACGGAAUUGGUUACAUGAUAACAAAAUAAAAUCCAACACGAUUUACUUUACACAUAAACGAAAAAAAAAAAAAACAAGAAGAAGAGAAAAGCCUAUUGUAUAACAGCAAUUUAUACACACACACACACACACACUCAACAAUAUGCAUAAGUAAUUGACAUGUGUACAUACAUAUAUGUACGCACACACAUACAUACAUAAUUACAUCCGUUCAUAUAGUGUGUCCAUUUAACAUACGUACAUACAUACAUCCAUUACAUACAUGAAUAUGCGUUUGUGCGUGUUUUUUAAUUGCUUAGCUCAACUUUUGCAAUUGCAUUUAACUCUGCCCAAUUGUUCAUUUCGCACUUCGGCGUAUAACAAAAACAAAACUUACUCAAUUUAAUUUUAAUUUGACAUAUAUUUUUUCAUAUGAAUGAUGAAUGAAUGCCACUGAAUAUUUUUUUCUGAACUUUACAGUCAAUUAAAUGAUAAAUAAAAUAUUCAACAUUCAAAUAAGCUGAAUUGAGUGACGUACAAUUUUUAUUAUACAUUAAUUUGACAAAUUUAAUUAUAUUUUAGAAAUCUAUUUUUGCAAAUGCAAAGCAACCACCGACAACAACAACAAAUAGCUCUUGACGAUUAAAACCGCUGUUAUUGAAUUAUGAAGAGCUCAGCGCUCGACAUAGGUUUUCAAUUAAAUUUGAUAUGCUUUCAUUUUAUUUAUUCCACAAAUGCAUUAUUAAUGCAUAUGCCAAAAGCGAGCAAAAAAAAAAAAAAAAAAAACACAAAACCAGAACAGGAAAAAAUACAAUAGUAGCCUCGAACCUUGUACAACAUGCAACAUGCAACUGCUUGUCGCUUGUGGCAUAUACUUGUAGUUUUUUUAGCCUAUGGUCUAAAUGUAAAAAUAGGGUAUAUUGUUUGUGCAGAAGGCGUGGCCAAUCCCAUUAGGUUGAUAUAUUCUGGACAUCGCACGAGCUGAUUCAAGCGAGGCAUACGUGUCUAUGCUUUCAAAUAUCCGUCUAUGACAUCAUCCAGCUCAAGAUCUGAAGUCUAUAAUGUAAAUUUUAGAAUACUAUAUUGUACAGAAGUAUUGUAUGCAUAUUCUCAUUUCAUUCAUAAAUACUUGCACUUGGUUUCUAAGCAUAACUUGAGAGCCAUUAAUUCUCAUAAACAGUUUACUUUGUUCUUGGAUAUCUCUAAAAAUUAUUAAAAAAUUAAAAGCCAAUACAAAUUCUUAAGAAUAGUCUAUCUAGACCUUAAUUUUCUUAAAUAAUUAUAUAAUAUAAGUAAAAAUUGUUAAGUUAUUGGAGUACUUGGAAUAUGUAAAUAGUUCAUACAUCCACAUCGAUGAUUUUAUUACAUUUAUACAACUAGAAACAAAGUUCAUUCAUAUUAAAAAUUAAAACAGCAGCUCGUUGCAGGAUCCAGGGUAUACACUAGUCGGAUGCACCCGACUAGCGCAUUCAUAUUUAUAUAGAUUAUUUUUUUCAGUUUAGUUAAAAGCUAAUGCGCCACGUGUGGCCUACUUUUCAAGAACUACAUUCAAACAAUAGGAAACUAUAAUUUAAUCGUUAGCAUAUCAGCGGCCAGAGAUGAGAUUGAGAUGAGAUGGGCUGACUCAAUACAAUUACCCGAGCUGUUCGAACAUUUAACAUUGCCUCAAUGCACGACAGCAGCAGAAGCAGCUAUAAAAGAGAAUAACACACAAACAAAAACAAAAGCAAAAAAAAACAAAAAACAAAAAAAAAAGAAAGCAACCAAACAAUAAAAGUUUAUUUUACAUUGUACCUUUCAUACACAAUACAAUUGUUGUUUCAGCAAAAGUUUUAUAUUUAUAUUCAAUACACGUUGCGUUCGUUGAAUGCAACUGUGCGUAGAGUCGAGACAAUCAAUGUGGUUUGAUAUAAUUCCCCUUAGUUAUACACACGCUCUUCCAUUAUGAUUCUAAAGCAACAGCCUAGUACUUAUGUAGGUCUAUUGUAUUAUUUGUGAAAUUCUCACAAUGCAAAACGUAAUAUCAAGUCUUGAAUUGGCAUUUCAAUUUUCGUUGAUUAUCUUAUGCUCGUUCACUAAACUAAGGGAGCAUAUUGGUUUUGUGCUAUGUCCGUUCGUCUGCCAGAACGUUAGAGCUAUGCAGUCAUACAAAUGAUUCAUCAAAUGAAUCACAGAUCAAUAUUCAAAAAUAAACUCUAAAGUUUUUAAGUGCGCUUGCAAAAAUCAAUAUCUCUGAAUGAAUUCGAACUCUUUUGAACCCGGAACGAGUGUUACUUGUUUGUCUGAGAGCAAAGUUUAUAAAACAGACUUAACGAAAAAGAAAAUAAUAACUUAGGUGAAAAAGAUGAAGAGGGCAUCUUGAGCAGCGGUUGAGUUAAUUGAAUUGAUCAUAUUUUAGGACAAAAUAUAUUUUUAAAUUAAUAAAUAAAAGUGUUCUGGAGAUGAUUAACCAAGCUGGAAUUAACCACUUGAAAGGUAUUUGUAAAAGGGAAUUUCUUGAAUAUGAAUUACAUAGGAAUAUCUAAAAAAAACUUCAAGUGAUAGAGCUCUUCUGUUUUUAGAUUCCCAUACCAUCACUUAAUCAAAAAUAUACCCUUAAAUUGUAUGCCUAUUCAGUUCACUAACAUCUAACGUAUCCCAAAUAUCAUGAAGAGGUUCUAUUGUUAACUAACCUAAAUAUAAUAAUGGCAAUAUUAACAAAUGAGCAUCAAUAUCAGUGUUACGGAAAAAGAAUGAAACUUUAGAUAAGUGCUGCAAGUGAAUGUCCUUAAACUUGAACUUAAUCUAACUAUGCGACCUAUGUAAUAAACCACUCCGAGAUUCAACCUACCUAGUUUUUGCAUGGCAACUGCCCAAGCAAAGGAAACUCAGCUCAGAGUUUAAAGAAAAGUAAAACAUAUACUAAAAUUUAAAUGUCUAACUAGUCAAAUACUAAAAAUGAAAUGGAAACGCUUAAAACUUUAUUCGUUAAAUAUAUAAAUAUACAUAUACCUAAAUAUAUAUGUUAUAUAUUUAAUCGAUUGAUCAACUUAAUGCUAAAUCAAACAUCAUUGUCAUUGUUUUUAGCAACUGAAUGUUUAGUAAGAAUAACUAAUUUGUGUAAGUGUCUAUUAAUCCCAAAUGGAACUAUCUACAAACAUAUAUGUAUUAUAUAGUUUGUAUAUAUAUAUAUUUAAUUUGAUGACGUUCUAUGAGUGUAGCUAGCUAACCAAGAAAAUAACCUUAAAAGUGUUUAGCAACUAUUUUUGACAUAAUUCAAAUUAAACAUAACAAACGAAAAUUUAUGUAUUUUUUAACUAAAUAUAUUGCAUUCGCAUUUAGUUGAAACUAAAUUAAAUCAAAAUGUACCUAGUAAAUGUAAAUUAUGAUAAUAAUUUUUCCAGCAUAAGCUAUUUAAAUUACGAUUAAAUGUGUAAAAAAAAAAGGAAGAAAGUCAUGAAAUGAAUAUCGAGGAAAGUUCAUUCAUUUCAUAGCUCUGCUAGAUUACAUAAAUUCUAUUACUUAUCAUUUUAACCGAAAGGAGAAGAGGAAACCCUACUAUUAAAGUACUUAACAGCAGCAAACGUGGUUAGUGAUUUGAAUUGUUUAUAAGUAAUCGCCAUAAUAGGAGAUCCCAAAUCACAUGGAUAAUACCUAAUAACAUACUCUAAUUAACUAUACUUGAAUAUUUGUUUAAUCGUCUAACACAUAAAUAUGUAUAUGCAUCCAUGCUAAAUAACUAUUCAAGUCAAGUCCAAUCGAAUGGAGUCGACUCGAUUCUCUCUUAAUAUUUGUGGUAAAUCUUUUAAUUAACAUAAGCAUAUGGAAUUUAAUGCAUGACAACAAAACCAAAACACACAAAAAAUACCAAAAAAUCAAUCUACUCUUCAAACAAACAAAAUAUAAUGUUUUCUUCAGUUAUAUGAACUCGUUAGAGCUUAAAAUAAAAAGUAAAAAAUCGUGUCUAUAUGUUAAUCUAGAUUGAUGUCACACUGUUUGCCAAAACAAAAAUAAAUUCCAUACCAAUAUCAACUAGCUUUUAGUUCUCAAUUAUGAAUUAUGUUAAUCCUUAAACAUGAUAAAAAGUGAAAAUAAUAACUCAAAACUGGGCAAAAUAUAACAAUUUUAAUAAAAGUAACAAUUUAAUAAUAAA